AUGUACGAGAACACCCUCUGGCAGCGAGAGUCUGCAUCACCUGCUCGGUUUAAACACCGACACUGUGACAAGAAGAGCUCUUUACAACUUUUGCUGUUGAAUCCCACCAUGCAAUCAUUAGAUGGCCGGCUGCAAGUGUCUCACCGGAAAGGUCUUCCCCAUGUGAUCUACUGCCGGCUGUGGCGGUGGCCGGACCUUCAUAGCCACCAUGAGUUGCGUGCCAUGGAGAUGUGCGAGUAUGCCUUUAACAUGAAGAAGGAUGAAGUCUGUGUGAAUCCUUAUCAUUACCAAAGAGUGGAAACCCCAGUGUUACCUCCAGUGCUGGUGCCUCGGCACACAGAGAUCCCAGCUGAGUUCCCGCCGUUAGACGAUUAUAGUCAUUCUAUUCCAGAGAACACUAACUUCCCAGCAGGUAUCGAGCCACAGAGCAACUACAUUCCAGAGACACCUCCUCCAGGCUAUUUGAGUGAGGAUGGAGAAACUAGUGACCACCAGAUGAACCCCAGCAUGGAUGCAGGUUCUCCAAAUUUAUCACCAAACCCUAUGUCUCCAGCACACAAUAAUCUGG